ACAUCGCGUAACGUUUGAUUGGUUCAAUUAGAAUGUCGUUCAAGUUGAACUAAUAAUUGAACUCGCGCACCUUUCGAAUUCAAGGUCUCGCUUCCACCGUUCCACGUGGAGUAUGGGAAAAUGUUUUAUUUAUCAAACAGAAGGUCUUAUCAAUAGACGUGUGUGCGAUUUUUCAGGCGAUACGUUAUCAGUGAAUUGAUAUAUCAAAUCAUUUGUUUUAAAAAUGUCGACUGUGUUAGAAGAUGUGUGCGAACUCUUAGAUAGUUACAAUGGAAGAGACAAGGUUGUCCGUCUAGCAUGUUACACAUUCAAGUUAUAUGGGUGCAUCAAAGGAGACAAGCCAUGGCAAACUGCUGGCUCUCGCCUCUCCAAUGCAAGGAUGAUGUUAAGGCUGUUUGAUGAUAUCCCUAUGAUGAGACACACUUAUAACUAUGGCUUUGGAAAACAUGAGUCAUCGAAAAUAGCAGCCACUCUCGGGGUGUUAGCAAAUUGUGUGGACCAAAUGUUCCUCCCAGUGGAGAAAGCAUGUUGGUUACAUGAUGUGGGGAUUCUGAAGCUGACUCCCGAUGUAGCGAAUAAAUUAGAGGUGUUCAGCACGGCUCUGUGGGCUGCUAGCUUGUAUAUUUCACUUAUACAAAACUUCCGUUCCUUCCGACACCUCUGGUGGUCUCGGGAUUGCCUCCAAAGUACGGAAGACGUCAGCGAAGCGAUGCGGAAAGUUGACAUUCGUCUAGCCUUACAAAUAAUUACAGCUGGGAAGUUAUUCUUGGAUAUAACCCAUGCGGUUAGCUGCUUACCUGCUGGAUGGUUGUGGGGAGAGAAAAUCGGUUCGACUAAAGUAGCAGCCAUUGCUACCACCUCUUCUGUGAUCGGUAUCGCGAUGUAUUUCGCGAGGAAACGACUGCUCAAAUAAAUAAUCAAAUAAAAUAGUGAAAGUGACUGUGAUUUGUGAAGUGUUAAUAAUGGUUCUUGCCAGAAAGUGGGGGUUAUGACAUCUGAGAUUUAAUUGUUUACCAAUUCAUGGCAGUAACAGGGUUGAGUAUUUGCGCACACAAAUUUUAUUUUGUAAAUAGUUUGUGUUUAUGUAUUU